AUCGAAUGCUGGAUCAAUCAUUAUCGAAGUAUUAUUGAGUCGCGCUACUUGCACCUGAUUUUUUUUUUAAGACAAACAUGGUUCAGUUUAGUCAGUUGGUGAUAGUUUUCAUAUUUGCAUCAUUCCAUCCUAAUUCAAAAUCAAUUGCACUUAAACUCAAGCUAAAUUUGGACCUCGAAGAAGAUGACAGCAAAGAAAUAGAAAUUAAAUCUGAAGAUUUAUCAAAAUCGCACCCCCACAGGCACAAACACGAAAAGCCCAACAAUCUACAGCAUGAAGAAACUAAAGUACAACAUUUUUUGGAUCCAGCAUCUGAAACUCCAGGCAAACCAAAAAUCGUCAUAACUAGGAGCAAUUUUCCAGACGAAGCCACAGAAGAUGAAGAUUAUGAUCCAGAAUAUCCAUAUUUCGAAAUUAAACUUUACAUGCAAGAAAGGCCGCAUUUACAGAAGUAUUUAUCUCCACCUAUACCGCAAAUAGGUAAUAGAUUGGGUAUUACACAAGAUGACUUGGAAGAGGGAGAGACUUUAUGCAGAAGCCGCAUAAAUUUGAAUUAUAGGCCGCGAAAAUUGAAAAACAACAACAACAUGCAUCGAAUCAUUGUAAACGAUGAAGAGUAUCAACAAUUUAUGAGAACAGAGAUAUGUUCAAAUGAACCCAGUAGAUGUCAAAGUUUGGAUUUUCCCCGAACGACCACGUCUUGUGUUCAACGCUACAGUACUAGAAGACUUGUAGUUUUUACAAACGGAACUCACGAUGAACUCGAUGAUUUUACUAUACCGUCUUGUUGUGUGUGUAAAGUCAAACAAAUAGAUGAUAUUGUUAAUGAAAUUGAGGAUAAUAGCGUUGAUAAUAGCUAUUUCAACUUUAACAAGGUUUAUUCAUCUUGGGAUAAAGCUUUAAGUAACUAUCUGUAAGGUAAAUUUAAGUAUCUAUUUAUUUAUAAUUCUAUUGGUCAGCAGAUUGCGUUCUAUACCUGAGAGUUUAUCAUAUAUGCUGAAUAAACCGGGGGCCCUUAUUUAUAAGUAAUUUAUUAAAUUUAAUUUAUUGAGAAAUGUGCGU